GUGACAACGCGAAGGGUUUGAAUGUGAGAGGCGGCUCCUGUGAACUUCCAGCUUUUGACAACAGGACGUGUGAAUGCUGUCGGUACCGCCAAGAUGGAGACCCGCAGAAGACGUAGGAAGUCCGCACACUUGGAGAAAAGGAGGAGCACCUUUAAAGAGCCAUGCUGGCUCCAGGAGCCAGACCUUUAUCAAGGACCACUGGAGAAAAGGCUAUGCAGAGAUUGGAGAGACAACACAGGACAUCCAGAGAACAUGGAGCGGAAAUCAUCAGCAAGAGAUGCACGGCAGAGGAGGGUACUCGCUCCCUCACAUCAGUUAAAUGUUUGUCCAGGUUGGCAAGAGAACAGUGAAUGGAAGAGGACUGUGUGUCACAAGAGUCCAGGGGCACAAGUUAAAGUAGCAACAGUGAUUAAAACCUCUCUGAAAACCUGUACCACUCCAAAACCUGCCCCUAGAAAAAGAAGGAAGAUUCACCCCUCUGGAUUUAGGGGCAAAGGUCAGCUGAAACUGACAGUAACACCAGACAAUGAUCUGCUACAUAUUCAGAUUCUAGAAGCUAGGGGUCUGCUGGGACGGGAGUGUAGGCCAUGUGACUCGUAUGUCAAGAUAGCUCUGGUUCCAGAUGUUGACCACAGUAGAAGGCAAAAGACCAGAACUGUCAUCAAUUGCAAGAGUCCUGUCUUUAAUGAGUCUUUUGUUGUAGAUGUGGGUGAGGAGAAGCAAGUGAAAAGACUGUUGGUGACUGCUUGGAAUCGCAGUCGGACCUCUAGCAGACAGGGUGAGUUCCUGGGCUGUAUGAGUUUUGGUAUUCACUCCCUCAUCACUUCAUCAAAGGAGAUCAGGGGUUGGUAUUAUCUCCUGGGUGAGGAGCUGGGAAGGAACAAACAUCUGCGAGUAGCUACACGUCACAUCAAGCAGUCUGAUGAAGCUGCUCUGACCAACCAUGCUGCUGGACCUGAUAAUUCAUCCCCAGAGAACAUGCAAUCGCUGACCGUUACCAUUUUGCGGGGAAAGGAUGGUUUCGGCUUCACUAUCUGCUCAGACUCACCUGUGCGUGUGCAAGCUGUGGACCCAGGUGGUCCAGCACACCAGGCUGGUUUGCAGCAGUUGGACACAGUCCUUCAGCUGAAUGGCCAACCUGUAGAGCACUGGAAAUGUGUGGACCUGGCACAUGCCAUCAGAAACUGUCGGAACGAGAUCACAGUGGUGGUCUGGAGGACAGUGCCAGUAAUGAAGCCUUAUUAUGAAGGCCUGAUUCACAGGCCCUCAUAUAAAACCUCUGCCUUUGACAGUCUGUCUCCCUCCACCAAGACCCAAAACAAAACACCACCCCUGCUUUCCCGACCUUCCAACCACAAACUAAGUCGACGUAAGAAGGGAAACAGCUCUGAGAGUAGCGGAAAUGGAACCCGGGAGCCGAGAUGGUCAUGGACUGGGAAACGGGAAGAAAAUGACUACAAAACUCGUACACAGACCCUCAAGGGCACCCGUGUGACAUCAUCAAAUGGUGACAAUUACAUCAUCUUGUCUCCUGUAAAUCCAGGAAACCAGAUAUUGCAACCUGUUUAUCCAGACAGCAAUGGAACCCUAGGAACACUUGGGAGAAUUUAUCAGACUCACUCAUCAAGAGGGAUUCAACAGAGCACAGCCUACCUCCAGGACACUGGAGUGGAUGCACAAGCCACAUUACGCAGAUCUCUGAACAGCAAAACAGCUACAAUUCCACCCUCAUCCUAUAGACAGAGCUUUGCCAACUACCAGAACUGCACUCUUGUACAGUCACAUCUUCCCCACUCCAGCUAUGGCACUUAUGUCAGCCUUGCCCCCAAGAUCCUCAUCUUCCCUGUAUUUGUCCAGCCAUUGGACCUAUGCAGCCCAGAGAGAACACUGUUGUUAUCUGAAGAGAUGAUUCUUCAUGACAGCACAAACAUAGCACUUAAGGUCACAGUGUUCAUCUACACUGACCUCAUGCUGUUGACUAGAGAGGACGAAUCCAGUCGAUGCAAUGUACUGCAGAGUCCUCUCUACCUUCACCAGAUCCAGCUGCAAGACGUUCCUGCAGAAAAACUACGCUUGUAUGUCUCAUACAGAAUAGAGAGAGCUGAAUGUCUGUUCAGCUUGGAGGCCUUUUCGGCUGAGCAGAAGAGAAGAGUGUACCAGUGUCUGAGAGACAACAUCAACAAGCAGCUCACUAUGGGAGAGAGAAUGGGUCCUGAUCAGAUGCUAGAGCAAAAGGAUGGCGAUCAGGCUGAUUUGGGACUGCUGGGCUUCGCUGCACACAGUGUUUCAGAACCAUGUUCUCCAUCGCAAGGCACCAGCUUACCCCCCAGUGGUCUUACAAGAGCUAGAACCAGUAUCCCCUCUGACUGUGUGUUAUAUCCCAGUGAGUGUGUCCAACCCCCUCCUACACUGGGAGACACCUCUAAAUCUGUACACAUGGAGCCUGCUGCCAUCUGGAAGGAGAGGGUGAAGGAGCCAAAACAAGGUGAACGGGAGCCAGAGUUCGAAAAGAGGGAACAGGGUGAAGGUGAGAGUGCCAGGCCCACUUCUUCAUCUUCCUCCUCAUCACCUCUUAUCAUCCCUAAACUGUGCCUAGAUCGCUCCUUCAAUCCAGAUGCUCUCACCUCACCAUCCACUGAUGAUGAUGAAGACCUCGAGGAGGAGGAGGAAGAAGAGGACAGUGAUGAAGGCUAUCUAAAGCGGAGGAGCCUGGUGGAGAUGUCACCUGGCAGGGGACAGCAGAGUUCGAGACUGUGUGUGCAGCGUUCAUUGCAUCGGCGCACACACAGUGAGGGCAGCCUGCUGCAGGAGCCACGCUCACCACGAUUUAUUUCUGACCAGGCCAUACACUGCAUGGAGAACAGCAGAGAAACACAGCAGCGCUGGACUGUCCCCUCACCUCAGACACUGAGGAAAGAGCUCACAAAGAACAGAGGAUCAGUCCAUCAGAUCUGCCUACUCUUCACUGGUAGAAGGGUCUGUGGGGAGCCAAACUGUAAAUGUCAAAUGGGGAAAAGUGCCAUGAAAAAGAAAAAAUCUAAAAAUCUUGCAAAAGAUAUGAAGGAUCGUCUGACCUUCCUCAGGAAGAAGAACAACAACAGACCCGGAAGCCAUCCUUCCAGCAAGCUUGAGAAAGUCCUCAAAUCAGACAAGCCUUCUCCAGAAGAAGCUCUUAAAUGGGGAGAAUCUUUUGACCUGUUGCUGUCUCACAAAUAUGGACUCGCCGUGUUCCGCUCCUUCUUGCAGACGGAGUUCAGUGAGGAGAAUCUGGACUUCUGGCUUGCUUGUGAGGAAUACAGGAAGAUCAAAUCUUUAUCCAAGAUGGCUUCAAGAGCAAAAAAGAUAUUUGAAGUGUAUAUCUCAAUCCAGUCAUCUAAAGAGGUUAAUCUGGACUCUUUCACCAGAGAGCAGACCAAGGAGAACAUGGAGAACAUUGGUGCUGACUGUUUUGACCUAGCUCAGAGACGGAUUUUUGGACUGAUGGAAAAAGACCCAUACCCUCGCUUCCUCAGAUCUGACCUCUACCUGGAUUUAACUCACCAAAAGAGAGUGCUACUGCAGAGCUCUCUUAAAGCUGUUGAUUCUGACUGCUAAGUCUUAACAUCUGUCAGUAGCAUGAGGGAGAUAUGAAGCUUUCCUUAUCAAAUGGAUGUCAAGCAGUAAACAGUGUUUGUUGUUCAGACUCUCUAGCCCGUGUAUGGCACAGUGUGUGUUUCUUGUGCUGAUAUAAACCCAGUAUGCUCCACUGAUGUGUAUUUUGAUUAUAAGCUGACCCCUGUUGGAUGAUGCUGGUAAAAAUGAUGACACAUGGACUUAAAAUGAAAAUGAAUGGCUGUAUUACAAGCAUCCCAGAGGAUGAAAAGCAUGUUGGAUAAUGAAGCAAAGAAGAAGCUUGGUACUGUUUUGUUGCAAUUUUCAUUUACCAGUUUUUCAAAAUGACCUAGACACAGAUGGGUGACAAAUGAAGGAAAAAAAAACAGUGUCUCUGUCAUGCUGUAGUGGUAUUUUGCUGAUCACCUUUAAUUAUCAUGAAACUUUUCUGUCCGGAUUGGAGUGGUCCUUUAUCCUAUGACAUAUCACACUAAACAGAUCUUAACCCAGUUGAACAACUUUGGGGAAACACCAAAACACCAACUAAGGCAAUAGCUUUUGGAAAAAUUAUUUUAAUCCCUCUAGCAAAAAUUUAUUUGCAGAAUUUAUGCCACGGUGAACUUGAGUAAUUCUGGUAUCUUGUGUUGGGCUAAGUGCCUUUCUAAGAUGCUUUAUUUUGUUUUUUAUCCUUUUUAAUUUGUCACCUGCCUGUACAUCAGAGAGUUUAAACCGAAUCAUAAUCACAUGAUUUCAGUGAUUACAACAGGUGGUUGUUGCAUAUAUGAUAUUUCAGUACAUAAAUAUGAGCUUUGAUAGCAUAGAUUUAAACCUGAGCUUACAAUUCUGUAGGAUUUAUAACAGGUCAGAUGGAUUUUGUUAAAUUUCAUACUAAUCAAGUUGUUAAGGGAAGCAAAAACAGGUAAAAGCAGCUUGCUCCUGGCUUAUAAUAUUUCAUGACAAAUGAUUUGUGUAUUCCAGCAGGUUUGAAAUAACAGUUACUGAAGUUUUUCCAUUUGACAAUUACAAAAGCUUCUUAAGAGCUUUGACCUUAUAUCCAGUGAAGCUAUAAUGAAAAAAUCUUAGUGGCUUUUUAUGUAGAAAAAAUGAAAAUUUUGUAAACAUUAAAUCUAAUCCAUUGCCAAUGCAGCAUUUCAUACAAGUAUCAGUCUGAUUCAGACGCGAAUUGUGAAUACGUGAUUAGGGAAAACAUUUUCAGCACUGUAGGAUUCAUUCCAUGUCUACCUGUUUUCAUUUUAAAAGUGCAAUACAUGAGCUCUCCCCACCAGCUGACCUCACAACUGAUAAAUAAAUAGGCGCUAAAUAAAUUUUAUGUUCCCAGUGGAUAAAAGUAAUUAUAAGGAGACGUGAUUUAGUCAUGGUAAAACCUUUUGUUUUGUUAAAAAUGUUUCUGUUCCCUGUUUGUAGAGAGGUCUGAUAUUAUUUAAGUAUACAUCUGAGAUGUUAAACAAUAAUAAAACCUCAUAUAUUGUUUCCCCCCCUUUUUCUCUUUCUCUAGUUGCUAUGGAGUAACUAAGCAUAGAAUAUAUAUUUAGUGCAAAAUGUCAAAAGUCAUAAAUUCCAUGUUCAUUUAGGGGACAGCGUUUUAAUGUUUUAGACUUCUGGGAGAUCUGCGUUAUAUUAAAUUCCUUUUUUUAAAUUCAAACUUCUUGCUAUAAAUAUGAUCUUUACUGUAUUUAUUUGUGCACUCACCAUCCACUUACAUGUGCCUGUGAGUGCUUUAAGUUGAGUUUAAUAAAGCUACGUAACUUUACAAAGUUCCUUUGUAUUGUAAAAGUAUUUUACUGGAUCAGGGACAUUCAUUCAUUCAUUCAUUCAUUUUAGUAAGACUUCUUUUUGUUGUUUAUUAAUUAGUGCACUUCGUUUGUCAUACCAUUAGUGGGCAGCAGAUGUUUUGGCUAAAUGUUAGUCACAUUUUUAAAUGUGAAAUAAAAAAUAUUUUUGUGCUAUCACAGUGCAGAAAUGACAGAAAUCAAAUUGUACAUUUAUACAUCUGAGCAGUUUAGGUUUAAAUGCCUUGCUAAAGGGUCCAGCAGGAAUACUGGGAUUUGAACUCAUGACCUUCUGAUCAUAGUCCACUACAUUCAUAAAAUGUUGUCUUUUGGCUAAACUGUAUUAAAUAUGAAAAAAGUGUAAUGUAUAUUAAGGUGUAGAUGGUCACAGUGCAUUCAUGUUUUUACAGUAGCUUGAUGUUGACCCUCUUGAGGUACUAAAUGGGGCUCUGUGUGACUUACUGACUGAAUGCCCUCUUUAUCACUAGGAAAUGUGUUUUUU